AAUUGUUGCAUUCUGCAGGUGAAGCAGGGCUCACUCACACGACGAUUGCAACACACAAUGCUGCGACGUUGCGUGGCGCGAGCGAAGCCGCUCUUGCCUCCUAUAUCGGCGUCAAGAGGGCUGGCUUCGACAUCUGUCCACGCCGCACGAAGCUCGGCACGCACCGUCGGCCACACGCAUCGGGGCACGCUCGCAGAAGAGGAAAAGCAGGCCAAGAAGGAUGUCGCCGAGCUCGUGGCACGCUUGGCAAGGGCCAAGAAGCAAGAAGAGUCGCAGAGAGCCGAGGCACAGCUCCCGGAGCUCGAUGAGUCGACACUGGACAGCAUCUACGAGGCGCUCAACGCGCCCGAACCUGCGACCGACGAGGACCGUCGCCUGGCGAAGCGGCAGAAGAAACUGAGCCUCGCCGGCGGGAGGGCAUCCCACCUCGACCGCAUUGAGGAGCGGCUGCAAAAUCUCAAUGCGCGGCUUGCAUCUGCGGGAGCUGCGCAAGUCAUCGGUGGUCGACCAGCGAACGGUCAGCCCGAUGCCGUCGCUCGCCUGAUCCCUCUUCUUCUUCAGGGCUACCAGGACAUGGCGAAGGAGGAGCCGGUCGAGGAAGAAAAGACCGAAGAAGCCCUCGUCGAUGGCGUGACGAUCGCAGAGACAUCUCCGGGUAUGACGGGAACGAGGAUGCUCGAGGACCGUGGUGCUCAGCAUCAGCUCUUGGAGCGCAUCGGCGCAUUGCUUGCGUCAGUCGAGAAGCGAUGGGGCAAGCAGAGCAGCAGGGACGGUCGAGAGGCUUUGCCCAUCGGGAUAGCGACGAGUCAGGAAUGGGAGGCCCUCGCAGUCGCAUUCGCCUCGCACGACGACUACAACGGCCUUGAAAAGGUUGUCGAUGUGAUGCAGAGGGCAGGCCACAAGCCGCACACCAGGCUCUUCAACAAUGUCCUCGAUGUGUAUGCGAACCGCGGCGAUGUCGAAGCCUGCCAGUCGAUUGUUGCGUCGCUUUCCACCCAUCAUGGCCUGUCUCCCGACGACCACUCUUUCCAUUGCCUCGCAAAGGCCUACCUGCGCAAGGGCAGGACCAGUGAUGCCUUGGCUCUGAUCACGCAGCUGGAGGACGACAAGCCAGCAAGCAUGGCCACCUACACCAUGGUCGCCCAGCAUCUCUCUCAGCGGAAGAGCAGCGCCAUCUGGUCCCUAUUCAACCGGAUGCGUCUCGUAGCGCAUCCCGUCCCCGACGCGCCGCUAUAUGCGACCAUGAUCCGUGCAUGCGCCAUGGGUGUGCCCCAAGACAGCGACACGCUCUGGAAACCAGGCUCGUCCAUCCUCAUGGCACCCAGCAGCGCCUCGACCACAAGCACAAGUCGCAAAACGAACACCGAUGCAGAACGAGCACUCGACCUGUUUCGAGAAAUGACAACGAGAUACCAAGUCAGACCGACGGCCGAAGUCUACAACGCCGUCAUUCUGGCCUGUGCCCGGAGAAAGGACAUGCUCGACGAGGCAUUUCGGCUUCUCCGGACCAUGGUGGAGUUUGAGAACGAACGGUUAAAGGCAGGAGACGAAAACGAGCCGGACACUCCGUCUUAUGCGCCAGAUCGGCAGACGUACAAUGCGCUGCUGCAGGGAUGUGCGAGAGUGGGAGACGUGGUCCGCGCAAGAUGGAUCCUGGCCGAGAUGCUUCGACACUCGUCCGCCAUUCUGGCCAGCAAGAUGGAGGAAAAGGCAGGCGAGGAAGAAAGAGAAUGGACUGCAUACGAGGUUGAGACGAUCCAGUCGAGGCGACCAGACGCAACGACGAUGGCCAAUGUCUUUUACGCCUACGCUUCCUACGAGGCGCCAGUCAAGGUCUCGCACGUCAAGAUCAAGGAGGACGAGCCAAUUGGUGGCGCUCCGGCUAAUGAGUCUGGAGUCUCCUCUUCCGAGCCCGUCGCCGCGUCUGCCAAGGAGGAGAACACGGCUUCCUUCUCCUUUGACGCACCAAAGACGUCCGUGGAGGUGGUGCGCGAGGUCAAGGGGCUCAUGGCACGCGUUAUUGCCGAUCAAAAGGACAGGACCAACGACGGCCUCCUGUCCUCGAUCCAGCCCGAUGCGCGGCUGAUCCACAGCUACCUCUCGGCCCUCGCCCGUCACAGCGCUAAAUACCAGCUUGUCGCACUGACCAGCGAGGUCCUCUUUGGCUCCGAGACACAGCCGUCGCUCUUUGACGAUCUCAAUGUCAAAAUGACAGGCUACACGUUCGCCCUUGGUCUCGAGCUGAGCGCAAAGGCUCCUCACCGUGAAACGGCCGACAUUUUUGUCUCUCGGCUGUGGAACCUGUGGGCCCAGCACGAGGAGGCAUUCAUCGCUACCUCCUCGUCUGCCCUAGCCAGAACGCCCGCCGAGCGAGCUGCAGUGGGCAUAGAUGACGACACCGUCUCGAGGUGCUGGGCCGCCAUGAUCCGGAAUCUGACAAAAUCGCGUCGGCUCGACGAGGCCAUGAUGCUCCUAAGGACUUUUGUCGAUCGCCAUCCUCCACGUCCGACGCCGACCGUCGGGCCAUUCAACCGACCCGCCUCGCUCUUCUCGCGAUCUGUCGCAAGUCCACAGACGGCGCGCGAGGCCGUCGGUCCGGUGCUGACGUUUGAGCAGCUCAAACCGCUGCAUCACGCGCUCGUCGAGGCCGAGGGACGAGAGAGCCGCAAAAAGGACCUUGGGCUGCUGAGCUGGGCAGGGCGGGCCUACGACGCCACGGUGCGGCCCAGGAUGCCGGCCGUCUUUUCCAACGGGAUCAAGAUGCAGCCGCCUGCUGCCGCGCCACCUCGUCAGCGACACGCCGCCAGGGCCAGAUGAGAGUAUGGAAUGUAUUGAUACAAGUAUGAUG